AGUGGAAAUAUUUGUAAUCUUGAAAUUGCAGUAUUUGGUGGCGUGAAAGCGUACAGCAGCUUGUAUCAACCAUUCUGAUCAACGUUGUGAUAUAUCCGAUGUUUUUGAAUCAAAAAGUCUGUUAUUAUUUGUCGUUUAAUUUAUUCAAAUUUUAUUCGUAGUGUUUAGUUAAUUUAAUUAUUCAAUAGUGACAGUGUUUGUUCGUCAAUCAAGUAUAAAAAAAAUAAUUGAAAAUGUCCCAAAUAUUAAAGGAAAAGACUGUAGUACGUUUUGAAGAGAAAUGGGUUAAUAUGCGACCAGUUGUACUUAAACUUUUACAACAAGAACCUGUUACACAAAAUGAAUGGCAAGACUUAUUUUACGCUGUUCAUUUGGUAUGUUUAUGGGACGAACAAGGACCUUUUAAGAUGAGGCAAGCUUUGAAAACUGAUAUCAUGGAGUUUAUUAAAAAAGCUCAGCAACGAGUGAUGGCUCAUCAAGAAGAUCAAGCCUUACUAAAAGCAUAUAUAACGGAAUGGAGAAAAUUUUUUACUCAAUGCAACUAUCUGCCAACACCUUUUAGGCAAUUAGAAAACGCGCUGACUGGAAAACCUAAUAGUAGUAAAAAAUCAAAUAAUGAUAAUGACACUGUUGUUCGUAAGCUAAUGUUGGAUAGUUGGAAUCAAAGUAUAUUCAAUGAUAUUAAACAAAGACUUCAAGAUUCUGCUAUGAAACUUGUUUAUUUAGAACGAAACGGAGAAGCUUUUGAUUCUCAAUUAGUCAUCGGCGUAAGAGAAUCGUAUGUUAACCUUUGCUCAAAUCCCGAAGAUAAACUUCAAAUUUACCGUCAAUAUUUCGAGAAAGCGUAUAUUGAUACAACAGAAUCAUUUUACAAAGCCAAAGCGCCUGAAUAUUUAGAACUUCACGGUGUUCAGAAUUAUAUGAAAUAUGCCGAUAUAAAACUUCGUGAAGAAGAAGUCCGAGCUCAAAAGUAUUUAGAGCCGAGCAGUGGAUCAGUUCAAAUGUUGACAGACUGUUGUGUUUCCGUUUUGGUUUCAAACUUCCGACAUACUAUUUUGGCUGAAUGUACAGAUAUGAUCAAGAAAAACGAUACCAAAAAGUUGCAGCUUUUAUUCAAACUUAUGGAUCGUGUACCUGAUGGUAUUUUAAUAAUGUUAAAAGAUUUGGAAGAAUAUAUUGUCAGUGCAGGUCUUGCUGAUAUGAUGGCAUCAGCAGACAUAAUAACACAGGAUUCUGAAAAAUAUGUCGAACAACUGCUCUUGCUCUUCCAUAAAUUCAGUAAUUUAGUACAAGAAGCGUUCAACGACGAUCCCAGGUUUUUAACCGCAAGAGAUAAAGCGUACAAACAAGUAGUUAACGACACUACAGUUUUUCGAUUAGAGCUACCCACAAAGCAGAAUUCGGCUGUUAAAUCCCAGCCGGAAUCAAAGUGUCCGGAAUUAUUGGCCAACUAUUGUGACAUGUUACUGCGAAAAACACCUCUGAGUAAACGAUUGACUGCCGAUGAAAUUGAAAGUAAAUUAAAAGACGUGCUACUUGUAUUGAAAUAUGUACAAAACAAAGAUGUAUUUAUGAGAUUCCACAAAGCGCAUUUAACCAGAAGAUUAAUAUUAGACACCUCGGCCGAUUCAGAAAAAGAAGAGAAUAUGGUCGAAUGGCUAAGGGAAGUCGGAAUGCCGGCUGAUUAUGUAAACAAGUUAGCAAGAAUGUUUCAAGACAUAAAAGUCAGUGAAGACUUAAACCAAAUGUUUAAAGAAACAUAUAGAAAUCUCAAAGGGAGUAUCGCAGAUUCCAUAAAUAUAAAAAUAUUAAACGCUGGAGCGUGGUCCAGAGGAAGCGAACGCGUAACAGUUUCACUGCCGAUGGAGCUGGAAGAUUAUAUACCGGAAGUAGAAGACUUUUAUCGAAAGAAACAUAGUGGACGUAAACUCCAAUGGUAUCAUCAUAUGUCCAACGGAACGAUAACGUUUACCAAUGAUGUCGGCCGAUUCGAUGUCGACGUCACAACGUUUCAAAUGGCAGUGUUGUUUGCGUGGAAUCAAAGACCAAAAGACAAAAUAACUUACGAGAAUCUCAGACUAGCCACGGAACUACCUGACCCAGAACUACGAAGGACGUUAUGGUCUUUAGUAGCUUUUCCAAAGUUAAAAAAACAAGUCGUAUUAGUAUCACCCGAAGUGCCGUCUCCAAAAGAAUUUAAUGAAAAUACUACCUUUUGGAUAAACGAACAGUUUUCUAUUGUAAAAAAUGGUAAACUGCAAAAAAGAGGAAAAAUCAAUUUGAUCGGUAGACUACAAUUGUCGACCGAGCGCAGUAAAGAUGAAGACAACGAGUGUAUUGUUCAACUCAGGAUAUUAAGAGUACAAGAAGCAAUAAUUAAAAUAUUGAAAAUGCGCAAAAAGAUAUCGAAUUGGAAGCUUCAAACCGAAUUAGUCGAUAUACUGAAAAAUAUGUUUUUACCGAGUAAAAAAAUGAUCAAAGAACAAAUCGAAUGGUUAAUUGAACAUAAAUACAUGAAACGCGAUGAAGACGAUAUAAAUAAUUUUGUGUACAUUGCAUAACCGCCAAUCAGUGUUUCAUUCAGUACCAUAUUUUCUGUGAUACUACAUUAGGCUUUUGUGUAAUUUUACAUAAUUGUUACGUGUUUAUUUUCAGUAUUUAUUUAUUAUUUUUAUUUUUACCUUAAAAGAACUUAAACCUGUGUCUAAAUAUUUUUUUUUUGGAUGUAUGUAUGUAUAUAUAUUUUUUUUUUAAUGUAUAAGAGAGUCAACGCAUAAGUUGCAGAUGUAAUUAUUAUUAUAAAAUACGAUCAACUGAUUUAUUUAUUUAUCACAAUGAUUAUUAUAAUAAUUUUUGUUGAUAUAACGAUAAUAAAACGGACUC